CCUGCUGCUUCCUCAUAGGUGGAGUCCUGACUGGUUCCAGGAAACAGAUCACCUGUCUGAGUGUCCAUAUCACAAGGAUGGGUGUGAAGCUAACUGCUAGGCUAGCGCUCACAGUUAGCCUCCCUUAUCAGUCUGAACGUGGCCUUUGAGCACACCAGCUCGUGAUUUUUUUUUUCGUCAAACAGAGUCGUAACCUGAUGGCCAGAAAAUAAAAGUGAUCCAGAGAACAGACCUGGUCCUGAGAAUCACUUUAUUUCACAAGACACAACACAGGACACACGAUGACGUCAGAGGUGCUCUUGAACAUCCUCGAUGAUCUGAAUGAUGACCAGCUGUCUACAUUCCAGUGGUUCCUGCAGCAGCCCAACAAUGUUCAAGGCCUCCCAGCCAUCACAAAGAGCCGACUACAGACACUAGACAGGUGUAAAACUGUGGAUGUGAUGGUGGAGACUUAUGGACUUCAGAGAGCUGUGCAGGUGACCGGGGUGGUUUUAGAGAAGAUCUCCAGGAAUGAUCUGCUGCAGAGGUUGGCUGCCAGCAGCUCAGGACCAGAAGUUCAUGUCAGUGAUGCUGGGGAGACUUCAGAGAACAGAGAACCUUCCUCCUCUCAGACUCAGCCUCCUCUUCCUCAGACUGAAGAUGAGACUGUUCCGGUAUCAGAACCACGUCCCAUCAGAUAUUACCAACAGAAGCUUCAAUCAAACUUCCAGCACACGUUUAAGGUUACAACAGAGGGGUGGGCAGUAGAUGAGGAGCGUCUGGUUGAUAUCUACACAGAGCUGUACAUCACAGCUGGCCGGGACGUGCACGUCAACACACAGCAUGAGGUCCUACAGAUUGACAAGGUGUGGAAGCCAUCAGACACAGAGACACAGAUCCAACCCAGAGACAUUUUCAAGCAUCCUUCUGGAAAAGACAUACCCAUCAGAACAGUGCUGACCAAUGGGAUUGCAGGGAUUGGAAAAACAUUCCUCGUGCACAAGUUCGUGUUGGACUGGGCCGAAGAAAGAACCAAUCAAGACGUGCAUCUUAUUUUCCCAUUCACUUUCCGUGCCCUGAAUUCACUGCAGGGAAAAGAGUUUGGUUUGGCAGAGCUCAUUCAUUUCUGUAUCCCAGAAACUAAAGACGUCACAGUGGAGGCUCUGAAUUACAUCUUUACAGCUCUGCAGUCAUCAGGAAACAGCAGCUACAAGAACAGCAGAUACAAACUGCUGUUUGUGUUUGAUGGACUGGAUGAGAAUCGCCUUCAUCUGGACUUUGAUGUCAACAACAUUCACUUCGUGGACGUAACAAAGUCAACGAAAAUAGAAGUCCUGCUGACGGAACUUAUCAGUGGAAAACUCCUGCGCUCAGCUCACCUCUGGAUAACCACACGACCUGCAGCAGCCAAUCAGAUCCCUCAAAACCUCAUCAACACUACAACAGAGGUCAGAGGGUUCACCGACCCACAGAAGGAGGAGUACUUCAGGAAGAGAUUCAAGGAGCAGACCAGCAGCAUCAUCUCCCACAUGAAGACGUCACGAAGCCUCCACAUCAUGUGCCACAUCCCAGUGUUCUGCUGGAUCACUGCUACAGUUCUGGAGGAGCUGCUGGAAACCAGAGAGGGAGGAGAUCUGCCCAGAACCCUGACUGAGAUGUACACAGAGUUUCUAAGAUUUCAGAUUGAUCACACAAAAGAAAAGUACGGUCCAGAGAAGUGCAUUCAGUACAUUAAGUCAUUAGCUAAACUGGCUUUUGAACAGCUGCAGAAGGGCAACCUGAUCUUCUAUGAGAAAGAUCUGAGAGAGAGUGGCAUCGAUGUGAGUGAAGCCUCAGUGUGCUCAGGAGUGUUCACAGAGAUCUUCAAAGCAGAGCGAAGACGGAAACAGGAUGACAAGACGUUCAGCUUCGUCCAUCUGAGUGUUCAGGAAUUUCUGGCUGCUCUUCAUGUCCAUCUGACCUUCAUCAACUCUGGAAUCAACCUGCUGGAAAAAGAACAAACUACCUUCAAGAAGCUGAAAGUAUUUCUAAAGAAACCUGAACUAAAACAUCUCCACCAGAGAGCUGUGGACAAGGCCUUACAGAGUCCAAACGGACACCUGGACUUGUUCCUGCGCUUCCUCCUAGGUCUGUCACUGCCGACCAAUCAGAAUCUCCUACCAGGCCUGCUGACACAGACAAGAAGUAGCUCACAGACCAAUCAGAAAACAGUGGAGUACAUCAAGGAGAAGAUCGGUGAGAAUGUGUCUGUAGAGAGAAGCAUCAAUCUGUUCCACUGUCUGAAUGAACUGAACGAUGUUUCUCUCGUGGAGAAGAUCCAACAGUCCCUGAGAUCAGGACGUCUGUCCACAGAUAAACUGUCUCCUGCUCAGUGGUCAGCUCUGGGCUUCAUCUUACUGUCAUCAGAAGAACAUCUGGACAUGUUUGACCUGAAGAAAUACUCUGCUUCAGAGGAGGCUCUUCUGAGGCUGCUGCCAGUGGUCAAAGCCUCCAAGAAAGUUGUACUGAGUGGCUGUAAUGUGUCAGAGAGAAGCUGUGGAGCUCUGUCCUCAGUCCUCUGCUCCCAGUCCUCCAGUGUGACAGAGCUGGACCUGACUAACAACAACCUGCAGGAUUCAGGAGUGGAGAGUCUUUCUGCUGGACUGAAGAGUCCACACUGUAAACUGGAAGCUCUCAGACUUAAUAACUGUAAUCUGUCAGAGAGAAGCUGUGGAGCUCUGUCCUCAGUCCUCAGCUCCCAGUCCUCCAGUGUGACAGAGCUGGACCUGACUAACAACAACCUGCAGGAUUCAGGAGUGGAGAGUCUUUCUGCUGGACUGGAGAGUCCACACUGUAAACUGGAAGCUCUCAGGCUGUCAGGCUGUCUGGUCACAGAGGAAGGCUGUGCUUCUCUGGCCUCAGCUCUGAGCUUCAAGACCUCAAAUCUGAGAGAGCUGGACCUGAGCUACAACCAUCCAGGAGACUCAGGAGAGAAGAUGCUGAGGGCUAAAGUGGAGGAUCCAGACUGUAGACUGGAAACUCUCAGGGUGACGCCUGCUGGAGUCCGAUGGUUGACACCAGGUCUGAGGAAGUAUUCCUGUCAACUCACAGUCGACACAAACACAGUCAGCAGAAACCUCAAACUGUCUGACAACAACAGGAAGGUGACACAUGUGGAGGAGGUUCAGUUGUAUCCUGAUCAUCCAGACAGAUUUGACUACUGGUGGCAGCUGCUGUGUACAAGUGGUCUGACUGGUUGCUGUUACUGGGAGGUCGAGUGGAGAGGAGAGGUUCAUAUAUCAGUGAGUUACAGAGGAAUCAGAAGGAUAGGAGACAGUAAAGACUGUCUGUUUGGACAUAAUGACCAGUCCUGGAGUCUGUGGUGCUCUGAUCGUCAUGGUUACUCUGUCAAUCACAAUAAGAGUCAAACAUUCAUUGAUUCCUCCUCAGUCUGUCACAGAGUUUCAGUUUAUGUGGACGUUCCUGCUGGAACUCUGUCCUUCUACAGAGUCUCCUCUGACUCUCUGAUCCACCUCCACACCUUCAACACCACAUUCACUCAACCUCUCUAUCCUGGAUUUGGGUUCUACUUCUCUGGUUCCUCAGUGUUUCUGUGCUGAGUUCAGUCUCCAGAGUCUCCUCCUGGUAGAGAAACAGUGUUGAACAGAUAGUCGAGUCUCUCCAUGACUCUGUCCCUCAGAAACAUGUUUUCACAUUCAUGGAUUAAAUGUGUUUCUUUGUGAAAUCCUUCUAAAUGAUUCCUUGUAAACUUGUUCCUCUUCAAAGAUGGAAGUUGUGAUUAUUCCAGGAGCCAAAUGUGGUGUUUGCGUCUUUUUCCAGUCAAAUGUUGAGAGUGAAAAUCAGGAUGUGGUGUUCCUCUGAUGCUCACUUGAACUAAAAGCAUUUGAGCUGCACAAAGUGUGAAAUGAGAGAGGAAGCAGUGAAUCUACAAACUGCUGACAGACUUUCACACAUUAUUGUCCAGAGAAAAUCAGGUUUUUGUGCAGCCAGACUUGAUCCUGAUUUGAGUGUUUCAGUCCUGUUCUAGUGAUGAAAUGAGAACUUCCUUCAUCUUGUGUGUGAUGGAGAAGAAUAAAGGGCUGUGGCUAAAAA